AUGGUUGGUUAUCAUUGGCCACAAAGCUACGUUGCACAUAUUGCCAAGUCUGCUGGUAAAGUUCACAUGCGAAAGAGAUGUCACAAGGGCGGAACCGGUGAUCGGGUUCCGAAGAGCCUUUGCAACGCCCAGUUUGAUUGGACCACACAGAAUAGAAAUAACAACGCUGAUGACGACGAUGAUGACGACGAUGAGGAGGAGGAAGAGGAGGAGGACGAAGAGACACUGUUAAAGAAGAAUUUAGAGAGGAAGAUUUUAAUAUGGCAUUCCUUCGUGUUGGUCCUGUCGACGCUCCUGAUGAUUGUGGGUUUUGUUCUGUUGUAUGGCUUCUCCCCCUACGUCCGCAACAUCAUCACCACCUUUCCUGGCUACAAUAAUUAUGGUCACUUUGUCAACCUGGCAUACGAGCCCAAGGAACUACGCUUCGGUGAAAUGACCAGCACUCUUGGGGUCAUCUUGGUCGUCCUGAAUGUAGGCUACAUUUUGUGUCAACUGGUCUACCUUAGCUCACUGGUCCACAGAAAUCCCUUUGCUCUGCCUCUGGUCACGCUCCUGACGGGCGUGGUCCUGUUGAUAGAGGUCAACAUGAUCAACAUCUACAUGUCGCCGGUGGCGGCUUUGAAUGCCGACGCCACGAACGCCCUGCAGGACAAGCUCGUCAAGUCGUACGCCAUCUACGACACCAACGUGUUCUCCGUCACGUAUGACAUCAUAGCAAUAUGGGGCCGAUGCUGUGGAAUCAUAAACCAGUACGACUUCCAAACGAUGUUGCUGAAAUACAGACAUGGCGGCGUCCCUAGAGUUUUACAGGUUCCCGCAACUUGCUGCAAGGAGACAGAGUUCAUCAGCGGCAUCUCAGCUGUGGUCGACUGCGCAGUCAGGGCCGAAAAUAUCUACACGGUCGGCUGCUACAACAUGCUCUUCGAUUGGCUGAUGUUCUACUGCAACCUCUACUCUAUCGUCGUGGUCAUCCAGCUGCUGGACAUGGCGGUCCACAUCCUGCUCUACAAGCGUCGUGUCCGAAUCCUGAUCUUAUACACCAGCAAAUUCAAAACCCCAAUCUUCGAUUCAUGGCUGUCGAAAGGCAACACGACCUGAUGUCAGCGAAAACACCGGAAGCGGAAACCGAAGAGAGUGACAUGCGCAUGUGUUCUUAGAGUUAGGCAAUCCAACUUUCUGCCCCCCCCCCCCCCCCGAUCUCAUGUCAAAAUGGACUGCUAACACAUUGUUUAGAUUAUCAUACAAAUUGUAUACUGAUCUA